CUGAGCGGGACACAUAACACGCUCGUUAUACAUUAUGCCAUUCAAUUUUAUUAUCAGUACCCAAGUCAAGAUACAAGGUCGCGCUUUACCGGUUCUCUCUGAAUAAUUCGUUUCCUCUCUGGAGACAGUCACAUGACAGUGAAGGCGCCGAAUCCUGUCCAAACCCAGCAUGAGGACCUGGACUUCAAAGUCGCCUUCAUUUCUUUCCUCCGGACCGAUCAAGACGAAGGACAAGGACGAAUACGACGACGAGGACAGGGAUAAAGCAUGGAAAACCUUCAUCUGCAUCCUGCAAGAGCUCCAUUACAUCACCAACAGCACCAGCAACAGCAGCUUGCAGAUCCAUCCAGUGCCGAACAGAUGUCGAUGCAGACUGCAGGCGUCCAGUUGGCGCUCGACGCGUUUGUCCAGCAGAGCAGGGGCCUAAAUCCAUCGGACAUCGGAAUCUUCAUGGAUCACCUUGAGCUGCUCAUGAAUGAUUGUUCGCAGGCGAAUAUCCAGGCAGGAAAGAACUGGGUUGUGCAUCAUUGUCAGAAUCCACAACAAUACGAUCUCCUCGCACGCGCCCUGGUCGCCAUUGCCAUCUCUCGCCAUACCUUUGACAACAAGUUGCACAUUGUCUACCUCACUAACGACAUCCUCUCCCACAGUGAGCGGAAACAGCAGCGAUGGAUCAAAGAUGCACUCUAUCCACAUCUGGUUCCUAUACUGCGCGUCGCAUACUACUUUCCUGGAGUCGAUGAUGCUCAGCGACAGCGAGUCAUCAAGGUACUAGAGAUAUGGAGGAGUAAAGAAUUUUUCCCGGGUCAUGCUGUCGACACCAUGGAGAUGAACGUCAAGCGACCCCCACUGCUACCGCCACCACAGGUAGGCGGCCCCGGGCCUAUGGCUCCAGCCACCCAUCCUACAGUACCAUACCACCAUCCUCAGACUUCACAUCAACAUCACCACCCUCAGCAGUAUCAGCAGCAUCAUCAGCAUCAGCAGCAGCAGCAGUACUCCAAGUUUACACAUCCAAUGCAGCACCAGCAGCCUUCGUCACCAGCGACAGGACCACCUCAUUCAGGUCCUUGGCCUCCACCGCCACCGCCCAAUUCUCAUGUGGCAGGAUCCCAUCAUCCAUAUCCCCCAUACCACCCACCACCGCAACAAUUUGGACAACAUGCCAUGCAACUGGCGUUUCAGCAACCGCCGUUUCCUCAACAGCAUCCACCCCACUCAACCCAUCCACAUCAGCAUUCUCCGCCUCAACCUCAGGCAAUGUACCAUCCGCCACACGCAACAGCAGCGUUACAGCCAUUUUCAGCACCAGUCGCAGGGCCAGCUGCAGUUCCAAUACCUGUGCCAGCGCCAGCACCACCACCUCCUGCGCCUACCCAUCGAGAUGUUCUCACCCGGGAUCUACCCGCGGGGCUCAUGAUGUCAAAGAUUGAGGCUGAUGCAGAAUACUAUGAAACCAUGCCAGCGUCUGUAUCAGUCCCGGUCCAAAAGAACACUUCCCUGCCAGAGACAAUCCUAAGCAGCGUGACGGAAUUCCUUGCUGAAAACGCAUCGAUAAUGACCUCAUCAGGACGAGACAGUACUAUCAAGGACGAGGGCUGGCAUGAAGGAUAUCUGAGCGAGUUCUAUAAGACUGUAUCCGAAAAGAGGAAACUGGCCUUUUCAAAAGAUCCACCACAAUCUCGACAGCGACGACGACAUGGUGAUCGGCACGAUGAGCGCGAGGGCGGAGGAAGAAGCGAUUCGAGAGGCAGAAGACGACCUUUGUCAAGGUCACGCUCGCGGACGAAAUCAAGAUCAAGAUCUGUUUCUCGACCCAGACGACGUUCUCGUUCGUAUAGCCAUUCACUGUCACGUUCACGAUCUCGAUCGCGCACACGGUCAAGGAGCAGAUCGCCUGGGCAUCAUGGCCGUGGGCGAGGCAGGAGUAGAAGCCGAAGCCGAAGCCGGGACCGUGGUCGAGGUACUAUAUCAAAGAGUCGGAGCAGGAGCAGGGGCAGAAGCAGAGGUCGAGGCAGAAGCAUGAGCAGGAGUAGGAGUAGAAGCAGAGACAAGGGUACGGGCAGGAGACGAGGUGUAAGUCCAAUGAGCCGAUCGGCGAUAGAGGACGCCUUCCCAGCGAGAUCGUUCUCAGGAAUAGGAGCACAGACAUAUGCACAUGUGCAGCCACCAUCGCGCCCGAUGUUCCAACCUGCCCGCCAUGCCUAGGUGCUAUGCUUCGGCAGUAGCAUUGACCCGAAGAGCUGAUGCGUACGUAUGCAUGGCAAGGCUCUAUCGGGAGUGGACACAGAUAAACAAUGUUUUUACAAUGAAUGCGUGGAUGCAUUGGGAAGACCAGGAAACCAGCGACGGAGCGGCACCUCAAUUGCAUAUAAAUAUCAUGUGCAACAGCCAUCCACCGAUCGCUCAGACCGACCGAUCCGGCCGAUCGAAAAGGCCUGCUUUCAUAUCAGCUCGCACAGACUUAGACCGCAUUACGUUCUUCCUCCCUCAUUAAAUUAAAUUAAGAAAUCGUUCCUCCCUCAUUCUUCAUUCCUUUGUUCUCAUUGCUCCUUCAUUCCGCCAUUCACCUUCACUUCCC